GCAGCAGAACUCAACUAGCAAACUUAGUGGACGAGGCUUUGGGAGCAGAAAUCGAUGGUCGCCAUCGCCCUCAAUCCUCUCCCCUUCCCAAAUUCUUCAGCCUUCAAACCCAUUUCUCGGUCUCUCUCCUCUUCGCAGUGUCAGCUCAAUCAAUGGCGUAGUAAUGGCGUUGGCCUUCAAUUUCCAGGGCUAAAGAGGCUUGGACCUCUUCGGGCGGCAGCAAUUACCUCGACAACCCAAGGGAGUUUUGAUCCGGAGCUGAGAGCAGUGCUUGAACUUGCUACGGAUGAUGAAUUAUUUGAGCUGGAACACAUUCUCUUUGGGCCAAGCUACUUUAGCCCCUUGCUAAAAUCAAUUACAAACAGACCAGAUGUAGAUUAUAUUCCAGAGGGAGACGAUAUUGAAGGACGAGAUGAUUUUAUAGCACAUCUCGAGUCACGUUUUUUGUUUCUUGCAGCAGAUGCACGUUCUACAUUGAGAGGUUGGCGACCUUCCUACAGAAAUGUCUUACUGGGUGUUAGGAGGAAACUGAGUGUUCCAUGUUCCAGAAAAUUAUCAACAGAAGACCUUGAAGUUGAAAUUUUUCUUCACCUAUUACAGGAAUAUUCAAGCCAGGAUGUAGACUCGUUUUGGAAUGAUAUGAAGUUUUCAAACAGUCAAGGAAAUCUUGAAGUUGGACUUAGCCAAUGGAAGGUACAUGGCCUUGCUGCAUUUAGAGUAGGGGCGAAGGAACUUAAACAAAUGAUUUUGAAGGGCGGUGGCGUGGUGACCUUGUCAAAAGUUUUUCAAUUGAUAGCAAAGAGAGUUUCUGGAAAGAUGCUAUUGGAAGCCGCCAAUUAUGAGAUUAAGCAUGAAAUUAUUAAAAGGGGUGGACAAUUGGCUGCCAUCAACCUGGAGUCUAGAGCAGCUCUGCUAGCAGCAAGAAAGGGAUUGGCUGGUGCAGCAUCAAGAUAUCUUGGACUCAGGGGCAUGAUGAUGUUGGUUGGACCAGUGUUAUGGGGAACAUUCCUAGCAGAUGUUGUAAUUCAAAUGCUUGGCACAGACUAUGGUCGGGUCCUUCGAGCAAUCUACGCAUUUGCUCAGAUUCGCUUGACAAGGACCUAUGGUUAA